CACAAUGUCAUGCCAGACUGUCACGUGAUAUAUGACCUUCACUGAAACUUCAAUAACUUUUACUGACGGACAAGAUGGUCGAUGUCCAAGUUGUGAAGGUCCUGGUAAUGUGUGGACUGUUUGUGUUCACAUUGGCCCUCGGACUGUUACCAUUACUCAUAGUCAGGUGUAUGCAGAGGCAAAGCGCGCGGGGUAUAAGUUUCCACAAACAAAUUUGUUACAAACGGACGUUAAGUAUACUGAGCUGUUUCGCAGCUGGUGUCUUCUUAGCCACAUGUCUGUUGGAACUUCUCCCUGAUGUCAGGAAAGAUCUGGAAAUGGCACUGGAUGCUCUAAAAUUGAAAACGGAAUUUCCUGUUGCGGAGUUUUCUAUGGUAUUUGGACUCUUCACAGUACUGACAAUCGAACAAAUAGUCCUGACUAUCAAAGAAAGACAUUCAGCACAACCUCAGAGUUGUAAUGUCCACCCUAACAGCAAAACACCUCUUUUGAGUGAUGAUAGUGAAACCUUAGACAAUGAAAUAGACGCAAGGGGAUUCAACAGAUCCAUCUCUAGUGAACAUUCAAUAUCUGGUAUAAGUGAUGAGCCUAUACUCGCUUCGUCAUAUGACAAUUAUUACAGACAGACAAGUCAUGAUAGUCAUACCCACACUGACUAUGUACACCAACAUUCCACUCUUCGCUCUCUGCUGUUGCUGCUUGCAAUAUCAAUCCACUCAUUGUUUGAAGGACUAGCAGUUGGUCUUCAAAAGAAAACAGAAUCUGUUCUGGAUAUAUUCACAGCCCUUCUACUACAUAAAGGAAUUCUCAGCUUCAGUUUGGGCAUGAGUCUGGUUCAGAGUAAACUUUCUAAGCCUGCAAUAAUAAGAUCUUUAUUCAUAUUUGGAUUAUCUGCUCCAGUUGGAAUUGGGAUUGGAAUCGGUAUAAUAGAUCUGUGGGAUUCAGAAGUUUCAACACUUGUACAAGGCAUUCUCCAGGGUAUAGCCUGUGGAACAUUUCUUUAUAUAACAUUCUUUGAAGUCCUUCCUCAUGAAUUUAAUUCUUGUGACAUAAGAUUAGUAAAAGUGUGUUUUCUAAUCAUAGGAUUUGCAAUAGUAACAGGAAUAAUGUUCCUGGAACUAAAGAUUGGUUAAAGCAUUAAAUACAAUUAUGUAAAAAAAAAUUGUACUACUGCAUAUAUUGGUGCUACAAAAUGGAA